AUGUCUGAAUUUUAUUCUUUAAAUGCAGUUGAUUCAAAACAGUCACUAGUUGAAUUUUCAAUAUUUAAAAAUAAUGUAGUUAUAAUUUCUAAUGUAGCCACAUAUUGUAAACUAGCAAAAUCAAACUAUGAUUCUUUUAAACAACUUACAGACGAAUUUUAUGACAAAGGCCUUAGAGUAUUGUUAUUUCCUUGUUCGCAAUUUUUAAACCAGGAAUCUGGUGAUAUUGAAACUAUUCGCAAUUAUGCGCAUUCUAUUUCUGAUAAAUUUAUCGUAUUUGACAAAGUUAAUGUAUUUGGAUCUCAAAAAGAUCCUGUUUUUAAGUAUUUAACAGACAACAGUUCAGAAAGUUUUUUUAAGUUUGUAAAAUGGAACUUUACAAAAUGGGUUGUUAAAGAUGGAAAGAUUUUAAAGCGAUAUGGACCAACAGAGGUUAUUAAAUGUGAAGACAUAAAAGAUUUAUUUGAAUAG